CCUCGACGGGGUGGCCAUGGACCCGCCGCGGCCCUUCCGCUCGCCCAGGCCCGGGCCCGCCGUGCCCAUGGCGCGGGGGCUCCGCGGCCUCGCGGGCGUCUCCCCUCGCCUGCCCUCGCCAGGCCCCGCCCAGCCCCGAGCAGCGUCCUCGCCGUUCCCCGCGCUCUUCCGCGGGCUGGGCCUGCAUGAGCGGCCUCUGGAGAGGCCCCUCGGCCGGGGCGGCGCUGGGCAUGCGAAGGCUGUGGCUGCACCCGGCCCGGUGCAGCGGCAGAAGGAGGAGGAGGAGAAGGACAAGGGGCCAGCGCUGGCGGCGCUCCCCACGCGUGGGCAGAUCCUGUGGAAAGGUAGAGGGGACGCGCUGCCCACCCCACCUGGACGAGCCACCCCCGCUGUGCCCGCCCCGUGCCCACCCUGCCCGACGCCCGUGCCCUCCCCGGAGACCCCCCCAGCUGCUGCCAGGCCGGCCCCGGCGAUGAAGGCGGUGGCCAAGGGAGCCACCGUAUCCGUGGGGCUGAACUUUGUGAAGAUCCACUGCCAGAACGAAGCUGUCUACCAGUACCACGUGACCUUCAGCCCCGAGGUGGAGUGCAAGGCUGCCCGCUUUGCCAUGCUGAAGGAGCAGCACGCUGUGACUGGGGACGUGAUGGCCUUUGAUGGCUCCAUCCUCUUCCUGCCCAUCCAGAUCCCCAAGGUCAGCCUGAAGGCUCAGAGGAGCAGCGACAGGGAGGAGAUCUUCAUCAACAUCCAGAUGACCAAAAUCCUGGAGCCCAGCUCAGAUCUCUGCAUCCCCUUUUACAACGUGGUGUUCCGCAGGGUGAUGAAAAUCUUAAACAUGAGCCUGGUUGGGAGACAUUUCUUUGAGCCUGCCCAGGCCACCACCCUACAGAAAUACAGCCUCCAUAUCUGGCCGGGAUACGCCGUCAGCAUCCGGAGGAAGGACGGGGGGCUCUUCCUCAUGGUGGACGCCAUCCACAAGAUCAUCCGCAGCGAGUCCGUGCUGAGCGUGAUGCAAACCAUCCACUCCCAGAGCCAGAGGACGUUCCAGGACGAGUGCACCAAGCAGCUGGUGGGGAGCGUGGUCAUGACCCGCUACAACAACCGCACCUACCGCGUGGAUGACAUCGACUGGGACAAGACCCCCAAGGACACGUUCACCCUGGCCAGUGGGCAGGAGAUCACCUUUGUGGAGUAUUACAGCAAGACCCACGGGAUCACCAUCAGGGAACUGGACCAACCCCUGCUCGUCCACAAGCCCAAGGAGAAACAGACACCAGAGGGGAGGCGCCAGCUGCAGAUGGUGCUGCUCGUGCCAGAGCUCACCUUCCUCACCGGCCUCUCCGACCUCCGCAAGAACAGUCGGAUGCUGAAGGAGGUGAUGUGGGAGAUGAUCCAGAGUCCCCAGCAGCACUACCAGCGUCUCACCGGCCUCCUGCGCCGCAUCCGCGACACCCCGGACGCUUCCCGGGAGCUGCAGCGCUGGGGGCUGGUCCUGGACACGGACAUCUACAGGACCCAGGGUCACGUCCUGCCCGUGGAGCGCAUCAACCUCCGGCACCGCUCCUUCCUUCCCGCCGAGGAGCUGGGCUGGCACCGCGAGGUGACGAAGGAGGUGCCCAUCGCCGUGAUCUCCAUCAAUUCCUGGCUCCUGAUCUAUCCCAAGAGGCUGCAGCACCUGGCCAAGGACCUGCUGGCAUCCAUGAGGAGCAGCUGUGGGCCCAUGGGGAUGCAGGUGGGACAGCCCAUGGUGCAGGAGCUGCGGGAUGAUCGCAUCGAGACCUACGUCAGGGCCAUCCAGAGCUCCUUGGGAAGCCAGGACAAGGUGCAGCUGCUGCUGUGCAUCAUCCCUGGUGGCCGGGACGACGUCUACGGGGCCAUCAAGAAGCUUUGCUGUGUGCAGAGCCCCGUGCCCUCCCAGGUCAUCAAUGCCCAGUCCCUCAUGGGCCAUCCUGGCAAGAUCAGGAGCGUGGUGCAGAAAGUUCUGCUGCAGAUCAACUGCAAGCUGGGCGGGCAGCUCUGGGGGGUUGAUAUCCCACUGAAGCAGCUGAUGGUUGUGGGCAUGGCCAUUAUCCCUAAAUCCCAUCUCUGUUCCCCUCUCCAGAAGCAGCUGAGGGUUGUGGGCAUGGCCAUUAUCCCUAAAUCCCACCUCUGUUCCCCUCUCCAGAAGCAGCUGAGGGUUGUGGGCAUGGCCAUUAUCCCUAAAUCCCACCUCUGUUCCCUUCUCCAGAAGCAGCUGAUGGUUGUGGGCAUGGACAUCCACCACAGCAGGAGCCAGGGCAUGCGCUCUGUCAUCGGCUUCGUGGCCAGCAUGAACCACAUCCUCACCAAGUGGUACUCCAGGGUGGUUUUCCAGAUGCCCCACCAGGAAAUCGCCGACAGCCUCCGGCUCUGCCUCUCCCAAGCCCUCAAGCGCUUCUACGAGCUGAACCACUCCCUGCCCAUGAAGAUCGUGGUGUACCGGGAUGGGGUGUCCGACCCCCAGCUGGACACUGUGCUCAAGUACGAGGUGCCCCAGCUCCAGAAGAGUUUCCACACCUUCCAAAAUUACCAGCCCAGCCUCGUGGUCAUGGUGGUGCAGAAGCAGCUGAGCACAAACUUCUACUGCCUGACAGGAGAGGAGUUUGUGUCCCCUCCCCUGGGCACCGUCAUCGACCACAGCAUCACCAGCUUGGGCCGGGAGGAUUUCUUCCUGCUGGCCCAUCACUCCCGGCAGGGCUGCAGCAUUCCCACGCGCUACAUCUGCAUGUGGAACACGGCCAACCUCAGCUCCGAGCACCUGCAGAGGUUGACCUUCAAGCUGUGUCACCUGUACUGGAACUGGCCGGGCACCGUCCGUGUCCCUGCGCCCUGCAAGUACGCCCACAAGUUGGCAUUCCUGGUGGGCCAGGUCCUGCACCACGAGCCCAGCGCCCACCUCUGCGAGCAGCUCUUCUUCCUUUAACCUGCCAGGACCCAGGCAUCCAGGAUUGCACCGGGAAAUCCAGGAUUGCACCGGGAAAACUGGGAUUGCACCUGGAAUUCUGCUCCCCACCCGCUGCUGUUUGCCCCCCUGCCAUGGGGGAUCUUCCUCAAUUCCCUGUUCUGGCGUUAAUUUAUACUUUGUUUGUUGCAGCAGCAUCCCAGGGCUGUGGGGUUUUAAUUUGGGAAUUAUCCCCAUGGGGGUGAACCCAAAGGAAUAUCCUGCUGGUUCCCAGCCCUCCCAGUAAAGGGGGUCGAGUUAAUGAGCCCCAAAAGUGCUGCUGCUCCCACAGCUCAUCCCUAUGCAGGUGCUGGAUGUAAAUCCCAAAGAUUUCAGGGUUUUUUCCACCUCAGUUUCUUGCAUUUCCAUGCAGGUUUAAAGUUGGUUUUUUUUUUCCUGGGCUUUUCCAAGCUGCUGUUGAACAAACCAAAGCUCCAGUUUGGCCGGUUCUCCCGUCCUUGAGGAGUCACUGGUUUUCCAAGGAGAAUUCUUAGUGGAUUCAGGUCGUUACCCCAGGGAAAGGUUGGAGUUUUCACCUAUUUUAGGUGACUUUUUUGCCUUAACUCAAGUUGGAAUCCCCUCCUUUUUUUCUGCCCUGUAACCAGUUUUUUGGUUCUUUCCAAUAAAAUCGUUGCUGUCAG